AUGGCGACAACAGCUUGGCCUUCUCUGAGCAAUCGAACACCAGCGAUGGAAAACACAGCAGGAAGCCCAGCCGUCAACACCAACGCGACGAAUUCGACACCUCCUGCUGCUACUCCGGCGAGCAGAUUGGAUGGAAAUGAGGUAACCUUUGAUCCUCAGUCACAAUCCAAUCCCUACUUCCUUCAUAUCAAUGAAAAUCCGGCUUUAGAGCUGGUUUCUACCCCCCUCGAGGGUCCAAACUAUCACUCGUGGGCUAGGGCAAUGACAAUGGCCCUCUCAUGUAAAAAUAAGGUUCCAUUUAGCAAUGGAAGCAUUAUGAAGCCUAGUGCAGAUAACCUAGACAGAUUCCUAGCCUGGGAAAGAUGCAAUAACAUUGUGUCCACUUGGAUUGUGCGCACACUUUCCCCCACCAUUGCUCGUAGUGUGUUAUGGAUUGACACUGCCUAUGGCAUUUGGAAUGACUUGAAAAGGAGAUUUAGUCAGCAAGACUUGUUUCGGAUUGCUGAACUCAAGUGUGAAAUAUAUCAAACCAAGCAGGGGGACAAUUCCUUGAAUGAAUAUUUCACUAGACAAAAGCUUUUGUGGGAUGAGCUGAGCAUUCUUAGGCCUCAAAUGAGUUGUAUUUGCAACACAAAGUGUGAGUGUGGAAGGAAAAUAGAUGAGUUAAAUGGACAAGCAGAAAAGGAUAGACUGUCUAUCUUUCUCAUUGGAUUGCAUGAAAAGUAUACAGGUGCUAGGAAUCAGAUCAUGUUAAUGAGGCCACUUCCAGACGUUAAUGAGGCCUAUUCUAUGAUUGCUCAACAAGAGAGACAGAUCCACAUGGCCUACAAUGGUUUUGGGAGUCAGUUGUACCAGGCAGGGGAGAGUAGCACUCCUGCCAGUGCUCUACUGGCCAGAACAUACACUAAUCAUCCUCAGCAAGGGUUCAAGAAAACAUCAGGGUUUAACAAGAAACCUGUGUGUACAUAUUAUGGGUACACAGGUCAUACUCAGGACAAAUGUUACAAACAGCAUGGAUAUCCUCCCGGAUGGAAACCAAGGCCAAGAAACCAAUCUGUGAACCAGGUCCAAGGUCCACCAGCAACACUACAUCAGAAUUCUGAUGGGAAUAUGGCAUUCACUCAAGAUUAUGUAAAAAGGUUCAUGGAGUUCAUACAGGCCAAGAGAUCAGUUGGAGAGAGUCUCAACUCACCUCUGGACUUCAAGUAG